AUGACCCAGUGGAAGAGCAAGCUGCAACUGCCAGAGGACACGACGCUAGAUGAUUCUGAAGCUCGGGCACAAUUGCGGCUUGGUCUGUUUUCGUACCCUGUGCUUCAAGCUGCCGAUAUUCUAGUACACAGAGCCACUCAUGUUCCUGUCGGCGAAGACCAAAGACAACAUCUUGAAUUCUCAAGGUAUACGGCCAAUAGUUUCAACCAUCUUUAUGGGCCCAUAUUCCCCACUCCAGAAGCUUUGAUCUCCCCGGCCAAACGAGUGAUGUCUCUGAAGGAGCCCGGGUCCAAAAUGUCCAAAUCCCACGCGGAUGAACGGUCCCGAAUUAUCCUAACCGACUCCCCCCAGCAGAUUCACAAAAAGAUCAAAGUCGCACUCACUGAUUCAGAGCCAGCGAUCACGUAUGAUCCGAGUCAUCGACCUGGAGUCUCCAACCUCAUUGAGAUUCUCAGUCAUUUUGAAGGUAUUACCUGUGAAGAGAUCGCUGCAGACUUCCAAUCCACAAGCCUCCGGUCAUUGAAGGAGCACGUUGCCAGUCGAAUUGCGCAUCAUCUCCAAGAAAUUCGGGAGCGAUAUGUAGAACUCAUGGAGGACCGAACGGGUAUUUUGGAUACGGUCGCUCAGCAGGGCGCAGAAGUUGCGCAAGGCAAUGCUGCACGGACCAUGCGACAAGUUCGUGAGGCUAUGGGUCUAUAA